UCGCGAGGGUCUCGAUUGGCUGAGCGCGAUCAGCUGAAGUGCUGCGUCAGUGAGCUCCUGUAAGCGGCUACAACUCACGGACACAGCUAACGCUCUUCAAACCUGAUCAUUUAUACAUACACCGCUCUCCGAGGCUCACUGCAAGAAAUCUUAGCGAUCAGCUUUCGUUAAAACGGCGCUUUGGUUUAUUUCCUUUGCCUGAGGACGCUGGAUAUGGAGCUGGUUGGAUCUGUAUAACAGACGCGGACAAAGCGGAUCAGCUCGAGCCGAGAUGAGCGCGAAUAUGAGCGGCUCUGGGUCAGCGCCCUGUCGCUUCGCACAUUACUUCGUUAUAUGCGGAAUAGACAACGAAACGGGUCUGGAGCCCGAUGCUUUGGCAGCUUUGUACCAAUGGCUAGAGGCCGAUCGUCAGGGCACGGACCCAGAAUCUGUGGCAGCAGGAGAAAACUUUGAUCAGAGCCCCCUCAAAAGGACCUUCAAAUCCAAAGUGCUUGCCCACUACCCAAAGAACAUCGAGUGCAACCCGUUUGACCAGGAUGCUGUUAACAUGCUCUGCAUGCCCAAAGGUUUGUCAUUCCGAACACAGCGUGACAGUCGCACCCCACAGUUCCACUCUUUCCUCAUCACAAGAGAAGACGGAUCUCGCACUUAUGGUUUCGUUCACACCUUCUACGAGGAGGUGACCAGCCCUCAGAUCUGCUCUGCCAUGCAGACGCUACACCAGAUGCACCAAGCGGAGCAUAAUGCAUCUGCCCACAACUGCCCUUCAUCAUCGUCCUCCUCCUCAUCCUCCUCAUCCUCCUCUAGUAUGGACUCUUUAGCCAGCAGCCUGGAUGAAGCUGAGUCUCCCUCCUCACAAGGGGGCCGUAGGAGCUGUGGCUGCUCUGGCGAAGGCUACGACUCUGUUCGUGACACUCUGUAUGUGUCCAAAGAAUAUCUUUAUAUAUUUAUAGAUUAUACAUUAUUUUGUUUUGUGUCAGAACCUCGGAAGUUGAAACGGCACGGGCAGCUGGGUCUGAUAAUUCCUGGCUCUGCCUUGCCACGUGGCUGGUGGAUUGUGUCAUGUUCGUGCAGUGAUGAUGAUGGAGGCGAGGAACUAAGACUCCGCCCCUUCAGAUCAACUUCCCGAUUCGACGAAUCAGCAUCACAUCGCUUACAGGCGUGGAACAGUCUGUCUGGUUCUUCAGAGGGGCAUCCCCCUUUACGGUCCUGCUGUGUGGGAAAUGUGGCCCUGUUGGCUCGAGCGAGUUCUUCCAUCAUGGUUCCGCUCAGCUCGAAUCUUUCAGAAAAUGUCUUUGGUGGGAUGUCUAUGAUCCAAUUGGGAGACCUGCAAGAAACACCAGAGCCUCAUAGCCUUAAUGUGAAUCAUUCGUGUCGAUACGUCCACGCCUUAACACUAUGCCACGCAACAUUGGCAAGGACGGUCAAGUUCCAGCUUCUUGUUUGCCUCGGAUCGAGAGACCGAUGCUGCCGCAGUGGCCUUCCCUCUAUUGGCCAAUGCUCUUCAUCACACGCAUGUAGUGAGGAGAAUGCGUUACUGCGAUACAACUCACCGUCGCGCUCUCGUCGCAUUCGGGAAACGCUGCAUGACUUCCCCAUCACACUUGUAAAAAUGUUAAUUUGCAUGGCUCCUUUCUCUCCUCAGGCGAACCUGUGUUUUGUUGACAUUGACAACCACUGCAUCGAGCUGCCUGAAGAGUUCCCUCAGUUCCCCAACAAGACCGAAUUCAUCCAGGAACUCAGUGAGGUAUUGCUAAGUUUUGGUCUGUCUCCUGAGGGGGGCAACACCUCCCCUGAUCCAGCUGUCAGCAUGCAGACCUCCACGCUGGAGAAGGAGCUGAAGAACACAUCCCUGAGUGAGUUAGUGGAUGACAGGAGGAACGGCAACCUCGGUGGAGAGGCGCUGGACGUGCUGGAACUUCUUCAGGGCAACCCGACUCUGGAGCGUCUGCAGGCUCUGGCCAAAAGGACUGGGGUGAAAGUGGCCCGUUUGGAGGCAUUGGUAGCAGGGCAGAAGGCCGUAGGGGAGGAGAGUGUGGGAGGAAGAUCUCCAGCUGAGGAAGAGGAGCUGAGGAACGCUAAACUGAAUGUGCAGCUGAGGGAGGUGUUUGCUGCACGUUUUGCGACCAUGUUUGCAGACUACGAGUCGUUUGUGAUUCAGAACUCUCCGGAUUUGGAGUCCUGGCUGACCAAUAGAGAGCAAAUGCACAACUUUGACAAGGCCUCAUUCCUUUCUGAUCAGCCGGAACCGUACUUGCCCUUCCUGUCACAUUUCAUCGAAACGCAAAUGUUUGCCACCUUCAUCGACAACAAGAUCAUGUCUCAGUGGGAGGAGAAAGAACCCCUCCUACGAGUGUUUGACGGACGCAUUGAGAAGGCCCGACUCUACAAUGUUCGCGCACCCAGCUUGCGCUCAUCUGUUUACCAGAAAUGCACUUUUCUCAAAGAAUCAGCCCAGGCCAUAGAGCAGCGGCUGAGAAAGAUCGACCACACAGCCAUCCAUCCUCACCUGCUGGAUAUGAAGAUUGGCCAGGGAAAAUACCAGAAGGGAUUCUUCCCCAAACUGCAGGCUGAUGUGCUCGCCUCAGGGCCCACCAACAACAAGUGGUCCAAUCGCACAUGCUCGACUCAGCGCAGAGUGGACCGUCACAGACAGCAGAAUGACCAUCUUGUGCUGGACAAUGAGCUCAAAGAGAAGUACAUGCAGGAGGCCCGUAACCUGGGGAAGAACCUGAGACAACCCAAACUAUCAGACCUGUCCCCUGCGGUCAUCGCUCAGACCAACUGGAAGUUUGUGGAGGGUUUACUGAAAGAAUGCAAAAUGAAGACCAAGCGUAUGUUGGUGGAGAAAAUGGGCAGAGAGGCUGUUGAACUGGGACAUGGAGAGGCAAACAUCACUGGCCUGGAGGAGAACACACUCAUAGCCAGUCUGUGUGAUCUGCUGGAGAGAAUAUGGAGCCACGGUCUGCAGGUCAAACAGGGAAAGUCUGCGCUGUGGUCUCAUUUAUUGCACUACCAGGCGAGAGAAGAGAAAAACGAACAGCUGUCAGAGUCUCCAGUGUCUAAUGGGCAGGAAAAACGAAAGCUAGAGUCCAGUGUUGGUCUUCCUGCAUUACGUGUAUCACUCAUACAGGAUAUGAGACACAUCCAGAACAUGGGAGAGAUUAAAACAGAUGUAGGUCGAGCACGUGCCCUGAUCCGUCUGUCCCUGGAGAAAAAACUACUUUCCCAGCAUCUCAAACAGCUGCUGUCUAACCAUGCCUUAACCAAGAAGCUGUACAAGCGUUACGCCUUCUUGCGCUGCGAAGAGGAAAAAGAGCAGUUUCUUUUUCACCUCCUGAGCCUGAAUGCCGUGGACUACUUCUGCUUUACCAGCGUCUUCACCACCAUAAUGAUUCCAUACAGGGCCGUUAUCAUUCCCAUCAAGAAGCUUAGUAACGCAAUGACGACGUCCAACCCUUGGCUGUGUGUGUCCGGCGAGCUGGGCGACUCUGGCAUCCUGCAGAUCACGAAGAACGUUCUGGAAAUGACGUUUGACUCUGCCUUUAGGCCUCACACGCACAUCUCCAUAACUUUCAAGUGUCAAAACCUCGGGAAGUUGACGACAGUGCAGCUGGGUCAUGAUAAUUCUGGCUUGCUUGCCAAGUGGCUGGUGGAUUGUGUCAUGGUCCGCAAUGAGAUCACCGGCCACACAUACAAGUUCCCGUGCGGCAGGUGGUUGGGGAAGGGUGUAGAUGAUGGCAGUCUUGAGCGAGUUCUGAUUGGUGAGUUUGUAGUUCCGUGCAGUGAUGAUGACGGAGGCCGAGGAACUAAGACUCCGCCCCUUCAGCGAUCACCUUCCCAGAUUCGACGAAUCAGCAUCACAUCGCUUACAGGACGUGGAAACAAACCGACAACCGUACAGAUACAGGAAUCCAUCGGUGAAGCAGUCAACAAUAUUAUAAAGCAUUUCCACAAACCAGAAAAAGAGAGGGGCAGUCUUACGGUCCUGCUGUGUGGAGAAGGUGGUCUUGUUUGGGCUCUGGAGCAGUUCUUCCAUCAUGGAUUCCGCUCAGCUCGAAUCUUUCAGAAAAAUGUCUUUGUGUGGGAUUUCUAUGAGAAGGUAGUAGCAUUCGUGGAGAAUGCAGAUCAGUUUGGAGACCUGCAAGAAACACCAGAGCCUCUAGGCCUGAAUUGUGAAUCAUUCUGUCGAUACGUCAACGCCAUUAACACUAUGCCACGCAACAUUGGCAAGGACGGCAAGUUCCAGCUGCUAGUUUGCCUCGGGGCGAGAGACCGGAUGUUGCCGCAGUGGCUCCCUCUAUUGGCCGAAUGCUUCGUCGUCACACGCAUGUAUGAGGAGAAUGCGUUACUGCGAGACAAACUCACCGUCAGCUCUCUCGUCGCAGUUCUGGAAACGCUGCAUGACUUCCCCAUCACACUGGAGAGCUCUUUAACUAAAAGCGUUGAGCUGUAACGCCACAAAUUGAGACUGCUCCCCAUGCUGCCACCCUCAGGGCCGAAGCGGCUCUACAAGUGACUCUGCCUUGUGUGUUCACUGACCAUGGAAUGACCGAGGACUUAUCAGAGCGUCUCAACAUGACUGACUCCUACACCUCCACACCAAUGAACUCAGAAGUGUGUUUUGUAGCAGUAUUUGGAGUUGUGCUCUUUCUAACAGAAAGCGUUGACGGCUUUAUUGAAAAGACUUCAACUUUUUUUCCUGUGGAUCUUGCUUUCAAACCUGUGGUAGUUUCUGAACACAUCUGUCUGGGCGUCAUUUCUGCUUCAGAUCAUGUGUCGUCUUUAGAAAGCACUGUUUUUUGCAAAGUAUGUCAAGAUACAGAGGAGCCUUAGUACUGACAGAUUAUAUGUCCAACACAUGCAGUAACCAUCAUUUGACAAGCAAAAUGAUUAUACUUGAGGAAUUCAGACCUCAAGUGUUUCUAAUGACUUGAAUUGUAUCUGUAAAUCACUGUCUGGGUGUUUAAACCAAUGCUAUCCGUGUUCUGAUUGGCUGUCAGUUUGGAAGAAAGAUUCUUGAUAUUGGAUAGUCCUAACUUGAGGGUGUCAAUGUAAUACAUUCUCCUGAUUAAAAGCCCGUCAAAUGAAUUUUCAGAGAAAAGGGACGUUCCAAUAUUUUCUGAAUUGUUGUAUGUUACAAGAUGUGUUUAUGUGUGAUGGUAAUGUGCGUGUGUGUGGCUGGUUUAUCGAAUUAACAUUUGGUAAGAUGUGUUUAUUUUGCCAAUGAGUAUUAAUUAAUACAGUAUCAUGUUUAAUUUUUUUUUUUUUACUUUUAAGAAAGAAACACUGGAAAUCAACGUAAAGCAAUAACAAGCUUCUUUCACAUUCUUUUUUGCCAUUAAACUAAUAGUCCCAGUUAAAAUCUCUCAAAGCGUAAUUCUUAAAGUUACUUGUAGAGGAGCUUUAAAUAUAAAGUUUAAACCCUACCACUAAUUGAAGGUCUAAAUUCAGCAAUUACUUUGUAAAGCCAUGUUUGAUUAUUGCAGGACUUGCACGUUGCUUAGAAAUUAAGAAGUAUUGUCCUUAAAUCACCCUUUAUGUUUGUUCUUUUAUGCAUCAUUUUUAAUACAGAAACCCUGCUGAGAGAAAAGUAGUAUUUACAGAUCAACACAGUUGUUACAGGACGAAUAACAGCUUUGAAUCACUUAAUGUUACUUAAAUAAGACUCUCAGCAUUUAAUCUAAGAGCUGUGUAUAGUAGCUCGUCAACCUGUGUAUUUUAUGUUUUUCUUAUUGACUCGGAUUAUUUGUAUGUAUUUAUUUUAGGAUGAUGCUUUUGAGACACUUGUUGAUUUUGGAUCGAUGCAAUCUUGGGGUGACUUAAGCAGUAAGCUGACACUGUAUCAUUUAUUUAUUUUUAGUAAAUCUGCUUUCAAGCUUCGUAUCGUACGGAACGUCCAUCUUGUGUAAAAGUCGACUUUGUUUUAGACGCCAAAAGUUGCUGAAAUCCCAGAAUCCCCUCGCUGGAGGGAUGAGGAAACCGCAGGAACUGUCCCUUUGUUUGCGGUGCUGAUGCAUGCAACAUGUUUCAGAUCUUGGAGAAGUACUGUUGCUGUAAAUGAAUCUGUUCCUCUUCUAGAUCUCGUCUCAUUCCAUCUGUUUUGUUUUUUAUUUUUUUCCAGUAAUGAAAGCUUCUAAAUAUCAAUCAUGUUAUAAAAAGCUCCUUGUCUAAAAAUGAGUUGAAUCCUCCGUGUUUAUAUUUGUGAAGCAACUCAUUAAAAUAGCUCCCUUCAUCCA